AUGGGUCAGCCAGACGAGCAAGAAAGAGUUCGAGAAUUAUCAAGGUACUACUGCACCUUCGAUCAGCACGGUCUGCCCGAAGAUUCAAUAGACUCCGUCCGUCUGUCUUCAGACACUACUCUCACCGCGCUCACCCAGCUCGGCGUAUACCGCUUCGCAUGUAACCGGUCUUUCGUCUCGAUCAUCGACGGCGGCAACCAACAUGUGAUCUCGGAGGCUACCGCGUCCGUCUCUCUGCGGAAUACAGAUCACCAUCGACCAGACGAUGGCAUUUUUCUAGGUGUCCGCACCCUCGAUUUGGAAUGGGGUGUGUGUCCACAUGCGAUUCGCUUGUUCACUGGACAGGAUGAGUCGCAUAUCCAGGAUACGGAGAACGUGACUGCCAACCGAACGAGAAAUAUCAUUCGCGAUUUUACCAAGGAAGACUUUUAUAAAGAUCGUUCUUAUGUUCUUGGCUGGCCGUUCUUUCGAUUCUACGCUGAGGUCCCGCUGUACAGUCCUUCCGGGUUUGUGUUAGGUUCCUACUGCGUGGUAGACGAUAAACCGCGCAUGGAUUUCGGUGAUGAGGAUGUUGCGGCGCUUCGGGAGAUCGCCGAUGCGAUCACGAAUCAUCUUGAAAAUUCACGGAUCGUGCAGUAUCACCGCCGUUCCGAGAAUCUGGUCAAGGGCUUAACGAACUUUGUGAAAAGUGGUUCGAAGUUUGAUCCGACUGGACUUUCAACACAGAAUCAAUUGGAGUCUUCUACGAAGAAGAUCAAUUCCGAGACUCUUGAGCCGUCGGUUAAUUUGGGUGAUGUGGGUGAAAGUAUUGCUUCAUUAUCGGCGCAGGGCAAUGGUGCCUUUUCACCUCUUGAUCAGAGGUCAUCACCCAGUCUCAAUGCACGUGAGGCAUCUGUUUUCUCUGGGACGGGUCGUUCAAGAUCGAAAUCAACGCUUCCUUCGUCUCUUUCGAGAACUGCCUCCGAUCGAUCGGAUCCCGUGGCCUCUAUGGAUGUUCCUUCGGAGCUGACGGUACCGGAAGAUGUGCCGAUCACUGAGCGUAUUGCUGCGAUAUUUUCUCGUGCCAGUACGUUACUCGAGGAAUCAUUGGAUCUGGACGGCGUGGUAUUUCUUGAUGCUCAUCGGAACGAUCCGCAAUUUGAACCAUCUGGUCAAAGUGAAGGCUGGGAGGCUGUUCCGCAGUUUGUUGAUCCAGGAUUUCCUCUAACGCCGCGAGCCACACUACCUAAAGACGCGCAGAAGUACUGUGGUUUCUUAGGCCAAUCUUCGAAUGGGUGGACAUCAAACAGGAAUACUGGGCAGUGUCGCCGGGUGAUGGUGACCGAAGAUCUGCUGCAUUCGUUGAUCACCUAUUUCCCAGAAGGUCAUGUUUUCGAUACCGAUCGUCAAUAUGGAUCCACCCUUGGGGGAGACGAUACCCUUACCUUGGCCUCCGAAUCUGAACCUUCUCAAAUGAUCGCCCAUCGUCUGUCCCAGCAACUUCCUGAUGCCAGAUAUGUUCUCUUUUAUCCCCUCUGGGAUUGGAGCAAAUCACGUUGGCUUGCGGGUACAUUAGUUUGGACAAAUGGCUGCCACCGUCCAUUGGGGACAGAGGAAUUGCACUACUUCAAAGCAUUCGGAGACUCAAUAAUUUCCGAAGUGUCUCGUCUGCAUUGGACAGCAAGCGAGAACUCCAAAUUUGAUUUCGUCACAUCGAUCAGCCAUGAGCUUCGCUCUCCUCUCCAUGGAAUACUUGCCAGUGCAGAACUACUGCAUGAUGUCCCUCUUCAGCCCACACAACACGACAUUGUCAAAAUGAUCUCAACUUCUGGAAUCACAUUGCUGGAUACCAUAGACCACUUGCUCGAUUACUGCAAAAUCAACAACCUUGGUACAGCACAAGACCUUGACAAGAAAAAAUCCCAAAGCGGAGCAAUGAGUCUGGUCUCCGAGUUCAAUCUCGACCAUUUGGUCGAGGAAGUUGCCAUGAUUCUUCACACAGGCCGGAAUCCAGCCGCGCCUACUUCACUUACAACACACAGACCUGCACCGGUGCCUACUCAGCAGACUCAAGACAACACUGGCGAUUUAUCGGUUGUCAUAAACAUUGAACAGCCCAACUCCUGGAAAAUCAGAUCGGUAGCUGGCGCCUGGAGACGAAUCGUCAUGAAUCUUCUGGGCAACUCUUUGAAAUGGACCCAACAUGGCCUCAUCGAGUUAUCAUUGUCAGAGGUUACCGACCAGACAGCGGAUUCUGCGCUUACACACCUCCGCGUCACCGACACAGGCCGAGGAAUCGCACCAGAGUUUCUCAAAAAUUCGGCUUUUACUCCAUUUUCUCAAGAGGAUGCUUUGUCGGAGGGUGUUGGGCUGGGUCUGAGCAUCGUACACAAGCUCGUCGCUUUCCUCGGUGGCCAUAUCAACAUGAGAAGUGAAGUUGGUGUGGGCACCCAGGUCGAUGUAUACAUUCCCUCUCCGUCCCGUCGAAGUUGUUCUAGCGCUGCUGCCCUAUCUGUCGAUGACCCGACUGCGACACACCCCGACGGGCUGAAAGCAUGCCUUAUCGGUCUCAAUUCCUAUCCCGAUUUGGCGGAAACACCUACAGGUAUCAUGAGCCCUGAUGCUAAACGAAACCUUUCGAUCCAGAACACUCUUGCUAGCAUCUUGAUGGGCCAGAUGGGCUGGCGUAUUUCUCUGUUUGAAUCCAUUGAGCAAGCUUCAGGUGACGUCGCCGUCAUUGAAGAGUCCAGGUUCAAGGAUAUCUGGAAUGGCAAAUCACUUGCCAGCGACCCCGGCAGUCGGUUCAAGUUCUUCAUAGUUUUGGGUAGCGCAAGAUCGUCAUUGGGCGACACCCUACCCCCUAACGUCAUUUUCGUGCAGCAACCAUUUGGUCCCAAGAAAGUGUGCCAAGCCGCUGAAAAGGUCAAGGAGCUUUUUGCGUCGCAGCCUGAGUCCGAAUACUUUGGCGAGACACAGGUGGAGACUCCACCAGUCUGUUCUCAAGAGCCUGCGCCGCAGACGGAAAUCAUAGCGAUUCCCGAGACGCCGGUAGAAUUGGUUCCUCAAACUCCGGUUGAGAUGGUCUGCCCAAAUUCAUCGGAGAAUGUGGAUGCUGAAUCAAAAGAUCAAUUGCAUGUCCUUAUCGUGGAUGACAACGACAUCAAUGUGAAGAUCCUUGCCACGUUCAUGCGCAAACUCGGCUACAGCUAUGAAACAGCAUCCAAUGGACUGAUUGCAUUGCAAAAGGUUGAAUCUUCCACUCGGAGAUACGACUUCAUUCUGAUGGAUCUAUCAAUGCCAGUCAUGGAUGGCCUCAUGUCAACAAGCAAAAUCCGCCAGCAUGAGAAGGACAACGGCUUGAAGCCUUCCUGUAUCAUGGCUAUAACAGGUGUCGCAUCGGAUACCAUGCGCGAAGCAGCGAGAACUGCCGGGGUUAACGACUAUCUCGUCAAGCCGCUCUCGCUCCGUAAGCUGAAGACGCUUAUCGGUAUUCUAUUCUAA